AUGCUUGUCCCCCGCGCAGCCCUCGACCUGGCUCUGCCUCUUGUCAAGACGCUCCCCGAGAGCGCAGACUUCAGCAAGACUGUGCAGCCAUACCUCCCACAACUGUACGACCUUCCUUACAAGGUUUUCGACAGCCUCAACAACUGGGAGGUGCUGCAACAUGUUUACCUCAGCACAAACCCGUUGAUGACAGCGCUCGCAUUUGCGAUCUUCCUUACACCGAUCGUCUUCGUUGUAGCCGAGAUCAAUCGCAACUACUCGCAGGUCGACCGCUUGUGGAGUUUACUCCCUACCAUUUACAACAUACACUAUGCUGCAUGGGCCCACGGAAACGGACUGCCAACGUUGAGACUAGACCAUAUCAUGGCCGUGAGCAUCAUCUGGAGCGCACGCUUGACAUUCAACUACUGGCGUAAAGGCGGAUAUUCGGUGGGGAGCGAAGAUUACAGAUGGAACAUCGUAAAGGACUACGUUGGACCCGUGGGCAUGUUCAUAUUCGACAUCACCUUCAUCGCUUUUAUCCAGAACAUCCUUCUCUUUGCCAUCACAACCCCAACAUACGUCCUUCUUCUGAACUCGCGUAUCACCGGGAACGAACUCUCGACAUACGACACCAUCUUGGGCCGUACCAUGCUAGUCCUCGUCGUCAUCGAGUUCUUCGCCGACCAACAGCAAUGGAACUUCCACAAAGCCAAGGCUGCUUACCAAAAGUUUGCCAAAGUUCCCACCGACUACAAGCUUACGCGCGAACAACUUGAUCGUGGCUUCAACACCUCGGGGCUGUGGGCGUGGUCGCGUCAUCCCAACUUCGCUGCUGAGCAGGCAGUCUGGAUGUGCUUGUACCAGUGGGGCUGCUUGGAGAGCCAGACGUACAUGAACUGGACUUUCGCCGGCGCUUUCUCCUACUUGAUCCUCUUCCAGGGCAGCACAUGGCUCACGGAGUUGCUGAGUGCAGGCAAAUACCCUGAGUACAAGGUGUACCAACAGCGUGUGGGCAAGUUCCUGCCCAGUGCCAACACGAAGAGCAUGGAGGCGCCGAAGACUGAAAAGGAGAAGGAGAAGGUGGAAUCAGCCAAGGCCGGCAAGGGUGCAAAGAAGCUUUGA